UUAUCCAAACCAAACAUUAAGGUUGACAUAAUCUCUUUGCUUCUUCUUCUACCAUCACUCACUCUAACCUCUUAAUAGUAUUCUAAAAUCAGAAGCAUUGCAAUAUCAGCCAUCGAUGGCUCCCAAAAGGGUUCUUCUCCUUUGCGGUGAUUUCAUGGAAGACUAUGAAGGUAUGGUUCCAUUUCAAGCAUUACAAGCCUUUGGUGUCUCCGUCGACGCUGUUUGUCCCGGAAAAAAAUCCGGUGACGUUUGCCGCACCGCCGUCCACAUUCUUUCCGGUGGCCAGACUUAUACUGAGACAGUUGGUCACAAUUUUACACUCAAUGCAACUUUUGAUGAAGUUGAUCACACAAGCUAUGACGGGCUGUGGUUACCAGGAGGAAGGGCACCGGAGUAUCUUGCUCACAUUCCUAGUGUUGUGGAGCUGGUGACUAAGUUUGUUAAAUCUGGAAAAGAAAUUGCUUGCAUUUGUCAUGGCCAUUUGAUUCUGGCUGCUGCUGGUGUAGUUGAAGGUCGCAAGUGUACGGCUUUUCCUCCUGUCAAACCGGUAUUGGUUGCGGCUGGUGCUCAUUGGGUUGAACCUGACACCAUGUCAACAACUGUGGUGGAUGGUAAUCUCAUUACUGCACCUACUUAUGAAGGGCAUCCUGAACUUCUUCGCCAUUUUCUAAAGGCAUUAGGAGGCAAAAUAAGUGGCUCUGAUAAGAAAAUCCUCUUUAUUUGUGGGGAUUACAUGGAAGACUAUGAGGUCAAGGUUCCCUUUCAGUCUCUUCAGGCUUUAGGUUGCCACGUUGAUGCAGUUUGCCCCUCAAAGAAGGCUGGUGACACUUGCCCGACCGCUGUUCAUGAUUUUGAAGGAGAUCAAACUUACAGUGAAAAGCCAGGACACAAUUUUGCUUUAACUGCGACCUUUGAUGAUGUUGAUCCUUCAGGUUACGACGCUCUUGUCAUCCCUGGAGGUCGAUCGCCUGAGUACUUGUCAUUGAAUGAGGCAGUUAUUGCCUUGGUGAAGCAUUUCAUGGAGAACAAGAAGCCAGUUGCAUCAAUCUGCCAUGGCCAACAGAUUUUAGCUGCUGCUGGUGUUCUCAAGGGAAGGAAAUGUACUGCUUAUCCGGCUGUGAAGCUUAAUGUGGUUUUGUCAGGAGCAACAUGGCUGGAGCCUGACCCCAUAAGUCGUUGUUUCACUGAUGGAAAUCUUGUUACCGGAGCUGCAUGGCCAGGGCACCCUGAGUUCAUUGCACAAUUGAUGGCACUACUCGGUAUUCAAGUAUCUUUCUAGUCGCGCUUUGUAAUGAAUAAAAUCUGCCACAUGUGUCCAGUAUCAGAGGGUACAAAAUAAGUGGAUGUGUAGUUUUGUUUUUCCUUCUUUUAUUAUAUUUGAAGGACUUGUAAUGUGCUAUGGAUGCAAGCACUUUGAGCAAAGUGUCUCUUUUGGCUAAGGAAUUAAUCUUUCUCCCACUGAAGA